AUGACAUUCAGAGAGGAGUUUCGUUCAAGAAACUUCAGUAUCUACGGACAAUGGACUGGCGUGGUAGCCAUUAUUCUGUGUCUCGCGACUGGCAUUGCUAGCAUCUUCUCGUUCAACGCGAUCCGGAUCAUCUUCAGUGUCCUCGCAAUUGUCUCAGGUCUCAUUCUCAUCUUCGUCGAAGUGCCCUUCCUCCUAAGAAUAUGCCCUACAUCCGCCAAAUUCGACAACUUCAUCCGACGCUUCACGACCAACUGGAUGCGCGCCGCGAUGUACGCCAUCCUGAGUGCCAUACAAUGGGUUAGUCUCGUCUCUGGCGCAUCCAGUCUGAUCGCAGCCGCCGUCGUUCUUCUUCUGGCAGGUCUCUUUUACGCGCUUGCUGGUCUGAAGAGUCAAGAGUUCACUAGUAGCAAGACCUUGGGUGGACAAGGGCUCGCGCAGAUGAUUGUCUAG